UGACGUCACGAACCAGUAUGCUUGUUAUAUACAACAUUUCACAUCGUCGUGUUCAUUCAGUGACCGCGAGUUGUAGUUAUUGGUGUUGUGUUUGAUAAGUAACAAUGUUUUUGGUGAUAUGGACGGUGGCGCUGGUGGCGGCCGCGGUGCUCUACCUCAAGCGCACGUACACGCUGUUCAGCAGGCAUGGUGUCAAGCAAUUUUCGCCCUUACCAGUGAUAGGCGACAUGGCCAAGGUCACGCUCAAAAUGGAGCACUUUGCUGAUCAGAUUGCAAGGAUGUACAAUGCAUACCCUGAAGAAAGGUUCGUCGGCCGAUAUGAGUUUACAAACCCGAUGUUGUUGGUGAGGGACACCGAGUUGCUUAAGAAGAUCACGGUUAAGGACUUCGAACAUUUCCUUGACCACCGCGUGUUAAUAGAUGAAAAAGUAGACCCUAUGUUCGGAAGAAAUCUGUUUUCUUUGAAAGGUCAAGAAUGGAAGGAUAUGCGCUCCACGCUGAGCCCUGCGUUCACCAGCUCCAAGAUAAAGCUCAUGAUACCCUUCAUGGUGGAAGUGGGUGAGCAGAUGAUACAGGCGUUGAAGAAAAAGGUCACAGAUUCUAAAGUGGGCUAUAUAGACGUUGACUGCAAGGACCUGACGACUCGCUAUGCCAACGAUGUUGUAGCCUCCUGCGCCUUCGGACUUAAGGUGGAUUCCAUGACCCAUGAGAAGAACGACUUCUACGCGAUGGGAAAGAGAGCUUCCACAUUCAACUUCAGGCAAAUGCUAAAGUUUUUUGCGUUUGCAUCGUUCCCUAAGAUAAUGAAGGUACUUAAAGUAUCUCUCUUUACGGAUGACAUCAAAUACUUCUUCAGAAAUUUGGUGAAGACCACAAUGGAUGAUAGGGAGGCUAAUAACAUCAUCAGACCGGAUAUGAUCAAUAUUCUCAUGGAAGUGAAGAAAGGAAAACUAUCUCACGAAGAAAAGUCUACGAAAGACGUAGACGCAGGGUUUGCCACUGUAGAAGAAUCAGUUGUUGGAAAGAAAGAAGUUAAUAGAGAGUGGGCCGAUGACGAUCUUGUCGCCCAAGCGGUCUUAUUCUUCAUCGCUGGCUUCGAGACCGUAUCGUCAGCCAUGUCGUUCCUCCUCCACGAGAUCGCAGUGAACCCUGAUGUGCAGGAGCGGCUGUACCAGGAGAUCAUGGACAACGAGGCGAAGAACGGAGGAAAGUUUGACUACAACUCCAUACAGCAAAUGGUGUAUUUGGACAUGGUGGUUUCGGAGUUGCUUAGGUUAUGGUCUCCAGGUAUCGCUUUGGACAGAAUAUGCAUCAAGGAUUACAACAUAGGGAAACCUAACGACAAAGCUGAAAAAGAUUUCAUCGUCCGCAAAGGUAUGGGAAUCGGCAUACCAGUCUGGGGCAUCCACAGAGACCCCAAUUACUUCCCGAACCCAGACAAAUUUGACCCCGAGCGCUUUUCCGAUGAGAACAAGCACAAUAUAAAGCCUUUCACAUACAUUCCCUUCGGUUUGGGACCUAGGAAUUGUAUCGGAUCCCGAUUCGCCCUCUGCGAGGUGAAAGUGAUGGCAUAUCAGCUGUUGCAGCAUAUGGAGCUGUCUCCGUGCGAGAAGACUUGCAUACCAGUUAAGUUGGACAGGAGCACCUUCAACAUCAGGAUCGAGGGCGGGCACUGGGUCCGGUUAAGGGUUAGACAAUAAUGGACAUAUUGACAUUCAGCAUUAAGUAUAAAUUUAAGUAAAUUUUUAGAGGGUGAUUAUGAAGUAGACUUAGUGUAAGGUCGAACGCAGAUGAUCAAUUUUUCUAGUGACUGAUAGUAAUACAUCGUUUUUAAAAACUAGUAGUUUUAAAAUCGCGAUAUCUUAAUGAACGGUGAUUCGUACGAAAAAAUAUUAGAACAAUUUUUGUAGAGAAUUGUAUGAUCUACAACUUUUGUCUGACCUAUUUUACGAUAAUACCGGUUACGGGUAAUACCGGUACCUCCGGUUUCAGAGAAAAAUGAAUUUGACCUUGAAUAUUUUUUUUGCACGCAUAGGAACGAUGGGGACUUUUGACAAUUUAUUGGUAAUGACAUAUUUAACGUCUAUACCAAUCUUCAGCUCUAUGGGAAUUUUUCCUAACUCGCAGGUUUUUUUCUGUCUAUUUCGACUGGACUAUACCGGAUUGAUAUGUUUUGAAAUAGCGUGAAGUAGCCUUUGUUUGGUCUGCAAUUUAUUAUUCUUUAGGUACGCGUUUUUUGAUAAGAAAUGACUAAUAAUAAUAAAUUUAAUGUAUUAUUUUAACUUUACCGUCGCUAUGUAGCAGUAUCAAAGUAAUAACAAUUAUUAUAUAUUUUUUAUUUUUGUAUCAACAAUAGUAUUUGAUAAUUCCGAUGCCCAAUUAUACAGUAUCUUCAUAAACAUAAAAACGAACUAGAUAUCACAUCAUUGUGCUUGUUAUUAUAGCGAUAAUAAUUAUUUUUAGACAAUCUAUUCACAUAUUUUUGUUAAUAAACACGUGAUAAUUAUAAA